AGUCAGGGGUAAUCUAAACAAACAGAAGACAUCUCAUCGCCAUCAGGAAGAAAUGAUACAGACAUACAUUAGUUCUUUUUAAACGAGAAAAAAAUGGCAAGAACUAAGCAGACACAUAGACAGGAUGGUGAUGGAAAGGCGUUACCCAGGGCAGUGUUUGGGAAUAGGAGCAAUGGAUCGAAUUCACUUGGGAGGAAGAAAACCAAAGCAAAGAAGAAAUGGAGGAAGAGAUCCUUCUCAAAUACCUGGAAUAGAUUCAACAAUUACGAGGAUAGAUCAAACUAUAAGUGGCCGUACGCUGGUGCUGCUAAUCUGGGGCCCAUCGUCAUUGGCGACGACAUGGGACACGAUGAUCUGGAUGAUGAGGUGUUGCUGGGCCAUCUCCGUGGAAACAUUGUUGGUAUCCAGUACUACAGAGGCACUGUGAACAACAAUGAGAUGGUUGCGAUUGAAAGAGAACCCCACAAUAAGUAUGACUGUAAUGCCAUCAGGAUACUGAAUGUGGGAGGCCAACAGGUGGGACAUAUCAAGCGAGAGUUGGCCAAACCCCUCACUCACAUCAUGGACAAUGGCUGGGCCAGACUGGAGGGCAUAGUACCGUUCGGCAGCUCCAACAUGUACACCAUGCCUAUAAACAUGACCCUGUGGGGUAAACCAGAGUUUCGCCAGCAAACAGCAGACAAGCUGAGUGGGCAAGGGUUCAACCCCACAGAGCCGUCUUCCAACCUCGACCAGGCCGGAGGGUCAGGAAUGGGCAUGGCCACUCCACGCAGAACCUACCUGACGCCUGAAGAGAUGAAAAAUGAGCUUGAUGAACUAUUUGAAAAUUUGGACGAAGGAGAUAAAACUAGCACAGCUAAUCCAGCAAAGGCCAUAGUCACACCAAUGUACACCCACCAGAAGCAGGCCUUAAACUGGAUGAUACAGCGUGAGAAUGGUAGCAAGUUACCUCCCUUUUGGGAAGAAAAGAAAGGCCGCUACUUUAACUCUGUCACCGUAUUUACAACUGACAAGCGGCCACAGUCGGUCAGGGGAGGCAUCCUGGCUGAUGACAUGGGUCUGGGUAAAACUCUGGAGAUGAUCGCCCUGAUUAUGACCAACUUUAAGGAUGGUCUUCCCCUAGCUGUACCUGUACCAGGUAGGGUCAGACAGUCAAAACAGAAAAGGACUCAGAGACUAGACUGUUACAAAUUGGAACCUAAACCAAUGGCAAUGAGGAAGGUGAAUCUAAAGAGGGAGAAAAUGUCUGACUUCAUCGUUGAUGACAGCAAACCAAGCACCAGCUAUGCACGUAAAUUUGUGAGAAAUAUAUCUGCACCAGGCAAUUUGCAGAGAUCACGGUUACCAUACCUUCCUGAUGAUGACAUUUCUGACUCGGACAGUUCUGUGGACUCCGUGGAAGAUUAUGAUGAUUCUCAACAAUCAAGCAUGGUAAAGAAGGAAGACCCAGACUUUGUGCCAAAAGGUUGUCCCUCAAAGGAGAACAUGGCAAUGAUGUCUUCACGCCCUAAAAGACAGUCUAAAAGGAAAGUCAGAUACACAGUUAACGGUGAUUCUGAUGUAGCACUCCAGGACAGCCCGAGUCGCUCGACUCCAAAAGAAGUUGCAAAACAUCACGUAGCUGCAGCAUCAAGUGGGAAGUUGACUUUUUCCUCUGGUCAGGAUUCAGCUACUUUGUCCAGCCCAUCAACUGAGUAUAUCACUCCAACAGGAGAUCUAGACAAUAGGUUCAUCAACAGUGCCAAACCUGACAAUGUUUUAUCUUCAGUGACGGGCCACAAGUCAGCAGAGGAUACUGUAGUGACACCUAGAGCAAUGACAGAAACACAGGACAGCAAAGUAAGGGAUGUGACGAAGACUGCUAAAGCGGAACAGAUUGAUGGAUUGAAAAAGGAGAUACAGAUGCCCUCUAUAGGAGCAACACAGAGCUGUGUGUCAGUGGGGGAAUCAAUCCUGCAGCCUAAAGAGGGUAGUGUGGUGAUUGAUUCAGAUACAGUGAAGGAUUCUACAGUACACACAUGUACAGCUGUAUCUACGGGGGUGGCUGUACUAGAGGGGCCAGAUCUAGAGGUCACCGAGCACGGGGAUACCGGGGACCAAUGUAUAACAAGUGAAUCUACUGUCAAUUCUAUAGAUAUGGGAACAGAGAAACCAGUAUCAGGACAAGAAAAAACAACAGAGCCAGAAAUUUCAAAAAACAAGAAACCAGCAAAAUCCAAAGCAAGGUUGGCACCUGUGAUGCUGGCUCCCACCACCAGUGGAAGACCCAGACGCAAUGCAAAGAAGCCUGCCCGAUAUGCAGCCAGCAGUGACUCUGAAGUAGAAAAUUCACCAAUGAAAAAAGUGCGUGUCAACAUGGGAGGUGAAAGCCGAUCUGUGGUGUCUAGGAACAGAGGGAAAGGCAAAGGUAAAGCAAAAACAAAACUGGAGAAUUGGGCUACUGAAAUCAAGGACCAAGUCAAAAACAUGGAGGAGAGUGUUAAUCUGUCCAAAGUAGAAGUCAAGAACCAAGUCAAAAACAUGGAGGAGAGUGUUGAUCUGUCUAAAGUAGAAGUCAAAAACCAAGGCAAAAACAUGGAGGAGAGUGUUGAUCUGUCCAAAGUAGAAACAAAGAACCAAGUAAAAAGCAUGGAGGAGAGUGUUGAUCUGUCCAAAGUAGAGAUCUGGAAUAAAGUCCCAGACAUGGACAGUCGCCACAGCAAAGAUCUUUCGCUGAUCCUGAAGAAUGGGAACCUGCUUGGAAAGGAAGUUCCAGCGAAGCCAACAAUUACUAUCACGGCUCAUAACUCAGCCAAAACUACGAAUGACUUGCAAUGUGAUGACCUUCCAGAUCCGUCGAUCACCCCUUCUCGUGGAUGGAACAGUCCUCAUAUAAGUGAUGACGAGUUACCCGACAUUCCAGAUGAUAUAGCAAUCCGAUGCAACAGUCCAGGUACAAGUACAUGUGGGAAGUUGUCUGGGCGAACACCUUGCAAAGGAGCGAGGGCCACCCUCAUAGUCGCGCCACUGUCUGUGAUCAGUAACUGGCAUAACCAGCUGGAGGAUCAUAUACACGAGAAUGCUCACAUGGAGAUCUACACGUACUACGGGUCAUCACGGACCAAGGAUCCCACACUCCUCAGUAAACAGGACGUAGUACUCACCACCUACUCCACACUCGCCGCCGAUGCCAAGGGUAAGAGCACCCUGCUCAAGGUGGACUGGCUGCGAAUUGUGUUAGACGAGGGCCAUGCCAUCAGGAAUCCCAAUGCCCAGCAGACCAAGGCCAUUUGUCAGCUCAAGGCAGAACGCAAAUGGAUCCUCACAGGUACCCCCAUACAGAACUCCAUGAAGGAUCUGUGGUCCCUGGUCAACUUUCUUCAGAUAAACCCCUUCACAGACAAACAAUGGUGGCGUCGCACCAUUGAACGGCCGCUGGACCAAGGAGAGGAAAGUGCCCUCAGGAGAGUAUGCCACUUGAUGUCGGCCAUCGCCCUGCGAAGAACCAAGAACCAGAAAAUAAAUGACAAACCACUGGUGGAACUGCCAGACAGGAAGGUGUUUGUAGAGCACAUCAAAAUGUCCGAGGAGGAAAGAAAUGUUUACGAAGCCAUGCAGAAUGAGGGCAAGGUCAUAGUUAGCAAGUACUUCAGACAGGGGACACUACUCCACAACUAUGGCGAGGUGUUAGCCAUCCUGAUGAGACUCAGACAACUGUGCUGUCACCCUUUGCUCAUUGCUAAGGCAGCUGCUGCUGUGAAAGAAGUCUUAGAAAAUGUGGAAGCAGCAUCUUCAUCAGGAAAUGAUGGCCUGAGUACUGAAUUACGGGAAAAGCUGAUUAGUGCCCUGCUAAUGGUACUGGGGUCUGGAUCAGACGAGGAGUGUGCUAUCUGUCUGGAUAUGCUCAAAGAACCAGUCAUCACACAUUGCGCCCAUGUCUACUGUCAAACCUGUAUAGGGGCAGUCAUCAGAACUGACAAGCCAAAAUGCCCGUUGUGCCGUGGAGACAUUGACGAGAGUAAAUUACUUGAGGUCCCCCCAGAACAACUCCAGGAACCUGAAGAUUGUGAAGAUGAUGUGAUCACAUCAGAAAACUGGAAGUCAAGUUCAAAAGUAGACGCCGUGAUCAAUGCUCUGGUCACCCUUCGAGAGGAGGAUAACACCAUUAGAAGUCUGGUGGUCUCACAAUUUACAUCUCUCCUUAGUCUUCUGGAAAUACCACUGCGAGCCAGAGGCUUCAGAUUUACACGCCUGGACGGUACCAUGAGUCUGAAGAUGAGGAUAAGGGCUGUUGAAGAAUUCAUGGACCCCAGUCCUGUGGCACCUACUAUCAUGUUACUGUCCCUCAAGGCUGGGGGUGUUGGCAUUAAUCUCACCUCAGCAUCUAGGGUGUUUCUCAUGGACCCAGCAUGGAAUCCGGCUGCAGAGGAGCAGUGUUUUGAUAGAUGUCAUCGUCUAGGACAAAAGAGAGACGUCAUUAUUACAAAGUUCAUUGUGGAUGAUUCUGUGGAGGUGAGAAUGAUGGAGCUUCAGGAGAAAAAGAGAAAGCUGAUGCAAGGAGUGUUUGGUGCAUCCAAAAAGGAGACUGCUGAGCAGAAGAGGCAGAACAGAAUCAAAGAUAUCAAAUCACUUAUGAAUUUCUGAGUGUACCUCGUGUCAUCAGAAAUCCUAUGAACGUCUGAGUGUACCUCCUGUCAUCAGAAAUCUUAUGAAUAUCUGAGUGUACCUUGUAUCAUCAGAAAUCCUAUGAACGUCUGAGUGUACCUCUUGUUAUCAGAAAUCUUAUGAACGUCUGAGUGUACC